AUGGACGAGUUUUGCAGUACUCAGCCAAUAGUCAAUGCAGAUAAUUCCGCGUUCAACAAACCAGUUAGUGAGGUUCCUGUUCUGUGCGUUCAUUCUGUUGGAGAAAGCAUAAAUGAGUUCCCCAUUGUAAAGAAAUGUGCAAUUGUUGGGCGCGACGCGAAAUGUGACAUACAUAUUAAUUCUCCAACUAUUUCUAGAAAACACGCUACACUUGAGUUGGACGAAAAUGGUAUCUGUACCAUAACGGACCUAGAUUCAUUGAAUGGAACUAAACGAAACGAUUUACAGUUAAAGUCGAGGAGGAGUUAUGAACUGAGGAAUGGAGACAGUUUACAUUUCGGAGAGGUGUAUUGUACCAUACAAUUUCGUCAGCGUAGUAUUCUGAGCUCAACCGGUGAAAAUAUUCAGUCGAAGAAAUAUAAUGAAAGUGAUUCGGAUCCGGGACGUGAUGCACUUGUGCAGUCCAGUAUAUCGAGUGAACGAGUGUUGGAUAUGGAAACUGACAGUUCAGCACUUAGUGAAAAUCUUUUAUCAGAGGUUGUUAUGGAUGUUGGUGAAGUUCCUUGUGAUCUUUUGCCGAAUUCGAAUUAUUUUAUUUUACGUCCACCCUGUUCGUCAAAUAGUACAAAUUUAGAAUCUCAAAAAAACAAAUUUCACAAAGAUGAUUGUACUGGUUCACCACCACUUUUGCGACUGAAGAUGGAAGCAGACAUUUCUGAAGUCCAUCAGUGCAGACGCGAAUGCGACACCCCUUCAAAUAAUGAAGAAAUUCAUCCAGAUUUGAAAGUUAAUCUAUCAAUCAAUACCGAUACAAGCGAAAAUACUACGCCAUUAUCUACUAAACCAAGCAAAAACCGACAUUCAUCUUACGGCAGUACUCUGACCAUACCAAUGUCCUUGUUGAACAAACAAAGUUCUACACCCUGUGGAUGCAGUCAAAUAGACCUAGUGCUGGCACGGGACUCUGAUCCAGGUUCUAUUGUCCAGUCUCUGUAUAAUGAUUUAACUGUCCAUUCAUCUACUUGUAUGUUAGCUGAGGAGUCAAUAUCAAGCAUACAAGAGAGUGACUUGAUAAAAACAGUCUCAGAUAAAAGCAUAUCUGAAGAAGAUGAGUCACAGAAGCACGCGUCAAUAUUGCCUGAUAUGCUUAAUGAAAACGAUGAGCCUCAAGUGGAUUUAAUUUGUAAAUCGUCUGUUGUGCUGCUGGUUAAUGAAACAGAAAAGAAUAUUGCUAGCGUGAUUUCAAAAAAAUCACCACCAUUAGAUACUAAUUUCUCAGAAAAGUGUGACAGUGAAGAUAACAUGAUAAAACCCGAAGUAAUGUUAUUUGAAGAAUGCCAUUCAAACAUACUUCGUGACAGAAGUUUCCAGAAACAUUCUUAUAAUAACAAACACGACAGUGAAGAUGGUAAACUUGCUCACUCAUCUUUUGAAGAAUGCAAAAAUACUAUUUCUAGAAAACACGCUACACUUGAGUUGGACGAAAAUGGUAUCUGUACCAUAACGGACCUAGAUUCAUUGAAUGGAACUAAACGAAACGAUUUACAGUUAAGGUCGAGGAGGAGUUAUGAACUGAGGAAUGGAGACAGUUUACAUUUCGGAGAGGUGUAUUGUACCAUACAAUUUCGUCAGCGUAGUAUUCUGAGCUCAACCGGUGAAAAUAUUCAGUCGAAGGUUAGUCAUUUUCAAGUAUUUCAUCUCAUUUUGUACAUUAGAGAGUAA